AUGUUGCCAACCCUACCGGCCGGAGGCAGGACAUUAGUCUAUUCAACUGUAGACGGACAUGACAUUAAGCUAGACUAUUAUAUGCCCUCUCGAGAAGAAGGAUGUCUGCCAGCGGUGAUCUAUUACCACGGCGGUGGAAUGACAGCUGGCUCGCGUCGGGGUAUAGGUUUCCCACACUGGUUAUACGACCACUGCCAAGCAAAAGGCUACAUCUUCAUUGCUGCCGAUUACCGACUUUGCCACCCAUGCACCGCCCUCGAUCAGAUCGAGGAUGCAAAAGCUCUUUUCAGCUUCCUCGCCAGCGAAGGCUUUCAAACGACGCUACCAAAGCCCAUCUCGCUCGACACAAGUCGGAUAGCAGUGACCGGCUUCUCCGCUGGCGCCUAUUCUGCCCGUGCGGCGUGUGUGUACGCCACUCCGAAGCCAGCAGUUCUUCUAACGGGCUAUGGAUCGGCAGGCGACUGGCUGUUAGAUCACUGGACUGCCGGUCGGCCGGCCACGUCUUUCGCCAAGUUCGUUGAUCUCAACGAGGUCCCUGGGUUGCUUGCCGACAAGGCGGUUGUGAGCGAUGACUCGCCAGAGACGGGUCUCAUGUCUAACCGAUUCGCUCUGACUGUCCGGUGGGAGCUGGACGGCACGUUCCUCGAUGGCUGCCUUGGUCGCCCUGGCUUGGGUGCGGAGCUGAAUAGGUUGGAUUAUGCAGAGCGAGCUGCAGCGAUUCCGGAGGACCUGAAGCCGGCGUUCCUCCAGUUGUUCGUGACGGAAAACUACCCUCCAUCCGUGUUGGUGCAUGGAACUGCCGACGAAGUCGUCCCUGACCAAGAGAGUAAGCAUCACUAUAAGCAGUUAAAGCAACUUGGGGUCAAGACCGAACUGCUGCUUGUAGACAAUGGGCCGCACGGGUUGGUGGACUUUCAAUCGGGAAUGCCGCCGGGUCCUGCGAAGGGAUCAGUCCAGGCAUACGACAGAGCUUUGGCGUUUGUUACGGAGGUGUUUGAUGCUGUCCAAUAA